AUGUCAGUUUCUUUUUCACAUUUGUCCAUACACCUCUCAGAAUCUUCAAUUGCUCCAUCCACUUCUCUUCUCCCUGGUGCAGCCAACAACUUCCAAUCAUUGAGAGUUUGUAGUCAACUUCUGCCAUAUGGAGGAGCUGGCAAUUUCUGCAAGAGGUUUUGUGGUUUGAAAUUACGAAUACUUAAGAGGCUAAACAUUUACCAGCAGAACAGAAAGCAGGGUCCUUCAAAUGACUACAAGAGCAUAAGAAAUCAGGACAAGGAUCAGUCAGAAAAUCCUUCGAGAAAUCUAGCAAAUGAUGAACAAUUUUCUGAAGCAGCAUCAACAAUGUCUUUUGCCAAUGAUUCCAGAGCAGAACAUACAGAAGCAACUUCACCACCUGAAGAAAGUUCUUUGCCUAGUUCUCAAACUGGUAUUGCAGGAAAGCCAGGCAUUUCUUGGGACUCACCUUCCUCUUCAAAUUUGAAAGCUUAUGACCAUCAUAGAGGACCCUCUCUAUGCAUUGCUGUUAUAGGAGCUACUGGUGAACUGGCUAGGAAGAAGAUUUUUCCAGCUUUAUUUGCUCUAUAUUACAGUGGGUUUCUUCCUGAGAAUGUCGGUAUCUUUGGUUAUUCCAGAAAGGAUUUGACAGAUGAAGAUUUAAGAUCCCUCAUUGCUUCAACCUUGACUUGCCGCAUUGAUCAUCAGCAAAAUUGUGGGGACAAGAUGGUUGCUUUUCUUAGUAGAACAUACCACCUUAAUGGAGGUUAUGACAACAAACAAGGGAUGUCUAAACUGAAUGCUCGAAUGGAGCAGAUUGAGGGGGGAUAUCAUGCGAACAGGAUAUUCUAUCUUUCUGUUCCACAAGAAGCACUUCUGGAUGUUGCUUCUUCUCUUGCCAAUAAUGCCCAAACAAAGAAAGGCUGGAAUCGUAUAAUAAUUGAAAAACCUUUUGGAUUUGAUGCUCUAUCUUCUAAAAAAUUUACAAAGUCCCUUCUUUCUAACUUUGAGGAGAAGCAAAUUUACAGGAUAGAUCAUCUCCUUGGGAGGAAUCUUAUUGAAAACCUAACGGUAUUAAGGUUCUCAAAUCUAGUUUUUGAGCCAUUAUGGAGUCGUACCUACAUCCGAAAUGUGCAGGUGAUCUUAUCAGAGGACUUGAGUAUGCAAACAGGGAGAUAUUUUGAUGGUUAUGGGGUCAUUCGUGACAUUGUUCACAGUCACAUGCUCCAGACAAUAGCAUUGCUAGCCAUGGAACCACCUAUAAGUCUUGAUGGUGAAGAUAUUCGAAAUGAAAAGGUCAAGGUUCUCAGGUCAAUUCGCAAAUUGGAACCUAGUGAUGUGAUUCUUGGCCAGUACAAAGCUACUUCUGGAGACAAGGUUGACGUGAGCUUGAGCAGCCUGACCCCUACCUUUUUUGCUGGUGCAUUAUACAUUGACAAUGCACGUUGGGACGGUGUACCUUUCUUAAUCAAAGCUGGUGUGGGACUUAUCAAACACAGAGUUGAGAUACGUAUACAGUUUAAUCAUGUUCCUGGAAAUCUAUAUCGUGAACGUAUGGGGCACAAUACUGAGCUUGCUACUAAUGAACUCAUUUUACGCGAUGUACCUGAUGAGGCCAUCCUGGUUAAAAUCAACAAUAAAAUUCCAGGACUAGGGUUGCAGUUAGAUGCUUCUGAGCUAAAUCUGCUCUAUAAGGACAAGUAUAACGUUGAGGUGCCUGAUUCAUAUGAGCACCUUCUGCUUGAUGUCAUCGAUGGUGAUAAUCAUCUCUUCCUGAGAAGUGAUGAGCUUGCAGCUGCGUGGAGUAUUUUGACUCCUAUUCUGCAAGAGAUAGACCGGAAUAAUAUAGCACCUGAGCUGUACGAGUUGGGAGGUAGAGGCCCAGUUGGGGCAUACUAUCUUUGGGCUAAACAUGGGGUUCGAUGGGCAGAUGACUAG